CGUCGAGUGAUUUCCCGGCCAUUGCUGAUUCGCGCACUUCCUCACUCCCCAAGGACGCCAGCGCUGCCACAUCCUUCAUCUCGCCUCGGAGUCUAGGCUUUGCCAACCAAAUUCUCGGAGCCCGCGGCCUCCAUACGAGCGAGGUUGAUCGAGACAACUUGGCGCCGAGACUGAUCGCUCUUUCAGUCGGGUGAGGUGACGAGCGGGCCGAGAAAUGCCCAGCCAGGGAAUACGAGUGCGUGAAACUUUGGUAUCCCUGGCGUUCGGACAUUUAAAGAUGGGUUUCAGCCGUCGUAUCAUCAGCCAUCGACGCAAGGUUUUUACUCUGCUCCCUUGUUCGUAUUUAGGGAGUUGCCAGCCCCAGGUUCUCGCGCGCUGAGUUUCGAGCGCUCAUUCUCGCUCAGCAGCGUUGGCAGCGACAUUCUUGUCGCCUUGGACACUAUGGGGUCUGAAGUGCUCGAGGAGAAAAUCACAGUGGGAAACGACGAGUCGCCUUCGGAAGCCGACAAAGGAAAAGCAACACCGCAGAGCGAAGAGGCAGAGGCCAGCUUUGGUGCUUACAAGGCCAUAGCUGUCCUCGCAGCCACCGCGUCUGGUGCCGGUAUCGCGCUGCAAAACCUCAUCUUCGGCCGCUUCAUCACGGUCAUCACCGACUUCAUCAACGACCAGGCGACGCCGGGAGAGUUUCGCGAUGAGGUCUCUGAGCUAGCUCUGUACUUUGUGUACCUGGGUAUCGCGCGCUUCGUCCUCUCAUACACGUACAACGUCCUCCUCACGUACGCGGCGUACCGAGUCAUUCGCAAUAUCCGCCAUAGCUAUCUCAAGGCAGCGCUCAGUCAAGAGGUCGCGUACUAUGACUUUGGGACCGGAGGCUCGAUCGCGGCGCAGGCCACGUCGAAUGGGAAGCUUAUACAGGCGGGUGUUGCGGAGAAGAUUGGACUGCUCUUUCAAGGCUUAGCGGCGUUCUUCACGGCGUUCAUCAUCGCGUUCGUCGUGCAUUGGAAGCUUACACUCAUCUGCCUCUGCGUCGCGCCGGCGACUCUUAUCGUGACGGGAACGGUGGCUGCUAUCGAGGCUGGGCAUGAAACGAAGAUAUUGGAGAUCCAUGCUCAGGCGAACUCGUUUGCGGAGGGUGUGCUAGCGGGCGUCAAGGCUGUGCAUGCGUUCGGGAUGCGAGCGAGUCUGGUCAAGAAGUUUGACGAGUAUCUGAAUGAGGCACACAAGGUUGGAAGGAAGAUCUCGCCUCUUUUUGGUCUGCUCUUCUCGGCCGAAUAUACCAUCAUCUACCUUGGCUUUGGCCUCGCGUUCUGGCAGGGGAUCAAUAUGAUGGCAGGAGGGGAGAUCGACUCGGCGGGUGAUAUUUUCAUGUAAGUCAACGCCAGCAGCGAAGGCCGCAAACUAACGCUGAGCGCCAGUGUCCUGAUGUCGGUCGUCAUCGCCUCAAUUAACCUGACAACGCUCGCUCCGUAUUCGAUCGACUUUGCUAGAGCUGCCUCUGCGGCCGCACAACUCUUCAGACUAAUCGACAGAGAAUCAGCCAUAAACCCAUACAGCACAGACGGCCUAAAACCCGAGUCGACAGUCGGAGAAGUCGAGCUCGAGAACAUCACCUUCUCCUACCCAACACGCCCGGGAAUCACAGUCCUCGACAACUUCAGCCUGAGAGUCCCUGCAGGAAAGGUAACUGCGCUCGUCGGACAAUCCGGAUCGGGAAAGAGCACGAUUGUCGGGCUCAUCGAGCGGUGGUACAACCCCAACUCGGGGACAAUCAAGCUCGACGGGAACACGAUCGACACGCUGAAUUUGAACUGGCUGAGGAAGAAUGUUCGACUCGUGCAGCAGGAGCCGGUUCUCUUUCAAGGAAGUGUCUUUGAUAAUAUCAGCUACGGACUCGUUGGAACGCCCUGGGAGAAUGCACCUCGGGAGGAGCAGCUGGCGCGAGUGCAGGAGGCAGCGAAGAUGGCGUAUGCCCAUGAUUUUAUCACCGAACUGACUGAUGGCUAUGACACACUGAUUGGAGAGCGCGGUGGAUUGCUUUCUGGCGGGCAGAAGCAGCGAGUUGCGAUUGCGCGGAGUGUGGUCUCGCAACCCAAGGUGCUCUUACUCGACGAGGCGACCAGCGCUCUGGAUCCGCACGCCGAAGGGAUCGUUCAGAAGGCGCUUGACAAGGCUUCCGAAGGCAGAACUACGAUCGUUAUCGCGCACAAGCUCGCUACGAUCCGCAAAGCAGAUAAUAUAGUCGUCAUGAAGAAAGGUCGGAUCGUCGAACAGGGGACGCACGAGUCGCUCAUUGCCGACGACGGCGCUUACGCGAGGCUUGUUAAAGUCCAGAAUUUGAAUGUCGCCGCUGCAGAGGAUGGAGCGACAAAGGAGGAAGACAGCACCACCGAAGAUGAGGCACCGCUGGAGGCCACCGAGACGACCGAGGGACUCAGCCGCUACGCAACGUCUGUGCGUGGGAGGAUCGAGUCGAUGAAGGAACGCGAUAACUACGAUAAUCACAAGCAAAUGGGGACACUCAUGGCUAUUGUACGCUUGGUGAGAGAGUGUCCAGAGUUGUCUUGGGCGUAUCUGGUCGUCUUCCUCGCCUGUCUUGGUGGCGCAGCAACCUUCCCCGGCCAGGCUAUUCUCAUGGCAAACGUCGUCGACGUCUUUCAACUCACCGGCGACGAAAUGCGAGACGAAGGCAACUUCUUUGCAAGCAUGUUCAUCGUCAUGGCGGCCGGCUGCCUCAUCUCAUACGGUGCCAUGGGCUGGUCUACAAAUACCGUGGCACAACAUCUCAGUCACUAUUUCCGGCGACUCAUUUUCAACGACAUGUUGCGACAGGAUGUGCAGUUUUUCGACCGGCCAGAAAACAGCACUGGCGCGUUGGUGAGCCAUGUCGACUCCUACCCGAUGUCUAUCCUCGAGUUGAUGGGGUUCAACAUUGCUCUGAUCCUGGUUGCCGUAUUGAAUCUGCUCAGCUGCAGUCUUCUUUCGCUGGCGCACUCUUGGAAGAUUGGUCUCGUCGUGAUAUUCGGUGGCCUUCCCCCUCUGGUUGGUGCGGGCCUAGCCAAGAUCAAACUCGAUGCACGACUCGAUAGAAAUACCACGAAAAAGUACGCUACCAGCUCGUCCAUCGCCUCCGAGGCUGUCAAUGCGAUCCGAACCGUGUCAUCGCUCGCUGUCGAAGAAACCAUCCUACGAAGGUACACAGACGAACUCGACACUGCUGUAUCGGCCUCGCUCAAACCCAUGGCGAGCACCAUGAUCUGCUUUGGUCUGACCCAGUGCAUCGAGUACUGGUUCCAAGCACUCGGUUUCUGGUACGGCUGCCGACUGCUCUCAUUUAGAGAGGUCAGCAUGUACGACUUUUUCGUUGCGUUUCUAGGCGUGUUCUUCUCUGGUCAAUCUUCCGCGCAGCUCUUCCAGUUCUCGACGAGCAUCACCAAGGGCAUCAAUGCGACCAACUACAUCUUCUGGCUCAACAGGCUUGAACCCACGGUACGCGAGACGCCUGAAAACCGCGACAACGAGCCGGAAUCAGGUUCGUCAAUCGCCCUUGAUAACGUCCGCUUCUCGUACCCACUGCGGCCCGAGGCGGCAGUUCUCAAGGGGGUAGACUUGAAGAUAAACAAAGGCCAAUUCAUCGCCCUCGUUGGCGCCUCCGGCUGUGGAAAAUCUACAAUGAUCGCCAUGCUCGAGCGCUUCUACGACCCCACGACGGGCACCAUCACAAUCGACUCCUCCUGGAACCUCUCGCACCUAAACCCGAUUCUCUACCGCAACAUCGUUGCGCUCGUGCAACAGGAACCAACGUUAUUCCACGGCACAAUCCGCGAGAACAUCGCACUGGGCAUAUUCAACCGCGACACGCAACCCUUCUUCUCAGAAAAAGACCCCCAAACAAACACCGUCUCCGACGACGCGAUCGAAUCCGCGCUCCGCGCCGCAAACGCCUGGGACUUCGUCUCCAGUCUCCCCGAGGGAAUCCACACGCCCGCGGGCUCAGGCGGGACCCAACUCUCCGGCGGGCAACGGCAACGCAUCGCGAUCGCGCGCGCCUUGAUUCGGAACCCGAAGAUCCUACUGCUUGACGAGGCAACGAGCGCACUCGAUACGGAGAGCGAGAAGAUUGUCCAGGGGGCGCUGGAGGAGGCGGCGAAGGCUGGUGACCGCGUUACGGUGGCCGUUGCGCAUCGCCUGAGCACGAUUAAGGAUGCGGAUGUUAUUUGUGUGUUUUUUGGUGGGAGGAUCAAGGAGAUGGGCACUCAUCAGGAGUUGUUUUUGCGGGGCGGGAUGUAUAGGAAGAUGUGUGAGGCCCAGGCGUUGGAUUAGGGGGGUUCCGUUGGUUGGGUAGACUGACUUGCUCUCCUCUUCUUCGUGUGUAUACUGUAUUAUUUGCCAAAAGACUGUCCCUAAUAAUGAUAACAUAGUAAAUCUCAAUAUUGCAUAUACGGCAAAUCACAUCUGGUAGCGGCUAAAGUGGUCAAGCGAACUUGACUGCCCACGGAAGCAUUAGAGCAAGCAAUAUUCGACGAAUCCCAUU